AUGGCUGUUAAAAAUGACAAUGCUGGUAAUGCAUUUAAACAAGCUUGUGGAUAUUAUUGGAGAUUUAUCCAAAGCUUAGAAGAAGCAUCUCACCUUAGGAUUGCUGGUGCUUUUUAUAAUGGAAAUUAUUUAAUUGAAGGCCUAACAGAAAUUUCACUAGACUGCUUUGAAUAUACUGAACCAAAGAGAACACAAAUAAUUGGAAGGAUAUUGCUUGCUCUUAAAAAAGCUGUUCAGUUGUUAAAAGAAUACUAUGCUUCUCCCACUCAGGCAGUACCAUUGAAAUUUCCUUAUAUUAUUUCAUUUAAGUUGCUUGAUGGUGAAUGUGAAAUGUCAUUUAAAUAUGAAGAAAAGUUAACUGGAGGUAAAUUUGUAUAUGUUGUUGAAACAAUGAAUAAUGAUUGCAGUGAUAUCCCAAAAUUGUUAGUUGUAAAAUUUGUUACAAGCUAUGGGUUGGAUGUGCAUAAAUUUUGUGCAGAUAAAGGUAUUGCUCCAAAGGUCUAUGGGUAUGAGAACAUUAACUGUGAUUGGAAAAUGGUGACAAUGGAAUAUCUUUCAGACUACAAAUCAUUGACAGAUCCUCCACUUGAAACAAAUCAAAAGGUGAAGCUUCAGAAGAAAAUCAAGGAUGCAGUUCAGGAGAUGCACAGUGAAGGAUUGGUUCAUGAUGAUUUACGGGAGUGUAAUAUUCUUUAUAAGGAGGAAGAGGAAAAAAAUGAAGAUGGUAACAUACAAGUAAAAAUUAUAGAUUUUGAUUGGGGAGGAAAAAAAGAAGCAGCGAGGUACCCACCAUGUCUUAAUCCUGAUAUUUCAUGGCCUUUUGGUGUUAAAAUCAACCAACCAAUCAAGCAAAUGCAUGAUAGUGAUCUCCUUGAGUUGACAAUUGAAAAGUAUUUGAAAGCAUGA